UUUUACUCUUUAUAAUCAUUUCCGAUAAAUUUUAAUAUGUUUAAAUUUUUUCAUUUAUAUUUUCAUAUAAUUUUUCUCGUUAUUACAAGUGUUUCGAAUAAGGAGUAUAAACUUCCUUCAGAUGUAGUCGAAAAAUUAUGGAGAAAAUCAACCGAUGAAAAUUACUACGGAGGAAUUGCAGUGAAGAAGCAACUAUUCCAAGAUAUUUUUAUGGAAGAUCAAAAAAAUAAUAAAUUACAAUUUGGUUACGUUUGCGAAAAUCCAAUUCAAUGGGAACAAAGAUUCGAAGAAAAAGAUCUUUCGAAUAAUCGUCAUCGUGGAAAGGUUACAUGGGGCGAUAUGGAUGGUAAUUAUGGCGAACAUUAUUGGGACAUAAAUCAUAAAUAAAUGUUGAAGUAAUGAUAAUUAAAAUGGAAAAUAAAAAAUUAUUAUAAAAA